GCUGAGCUCUCUCUCUCUCUUAAUGGUUUAUCUAUGUCUUACACGCCUUAUCUCUCGCUCUUAAGUACUUUAUAUAUCUCUAUCUCUCUAAUUUGACUUAUCUUUCUCUUUUAGGUUGCUUAUCUCAACUAGAAGAUCCUCAGAUCCUGCUCUAAAAGUUGCCUCACAAACAACCAUGGCAGUAGUGAGCGAUGCGGCGUCACUGGAGGUCAUCAUGAAUCCCUCCGAAACUUUGCUAAUGGCACAAGUUAGGUUUAAUUCUCAAGCCAUAACAAUAUUAACAGAGUUGGACACAUUUGAGGCCAUCAGUGUUGCCUUCUUGGUCUUAGAUAUUGACUACCUCACACGACAAGGAUACAAACACUUCCAGUAUAUGUGUGAUGGUCGAGCUAAGGAAGCCUUAGAACAAGUGGUUAAUGCUGUGAGACAAAGUUGUGGUCACCUAGAGGAAGUGUUGGAGGCGCUCUACAUCCUUGGUCGCUAUGACUUACUGGAGGACAGAUUGGGCCUCACUGUUAACCAAAAUCUUCACAAAGUUUUCAAGAGACUAAGUAGUGUUGCCUCAGACCGGAAAGCUUUGUAUUGUGUGUUUGCUGGCAUGGCUCAGGAACAAGCUGACCAACUUAUACAUAAGAGAUUGCCUGGGUGGUAUUGCCCUGAUAUGGGACGGCCCCUGGAGGAAACUUUUGUGCGCAACCUCAAUGAUGGCAACUAUUGGCAACUCGUUACAGAGCUAUUUGAAGCACUGUUAGAAGAGGAUAGAGACACUCUUGCUUCAUACUUACAUCCCUUCAUCAUUCUUAAGAGAACUUCUCGCACACCUUCCUUGGUAUCACAGACUUCACAGAUCACUGAAGAGAACUACUACCCCUUGCCCAUGGGCUACCCUCAUGGACUCUGCAUCAUCAUCAACAUUAAGACCUUCAUGAAGCCCAGAGAAAUGAAUGACACUACACCACUUUUGGAACGACACGGAUCAGACAUUGACAAAGAACGGCUUGCAGGAACCUUCAAGUUGUUUGGAUUCCAUGUGAUGCAUUUUGAUAAUCCUGAUUUUGAGAAGAUUCAACAGUAUUUCAGGAAACUCCGAAUGAACCCAUGGGUAGCAUCUGUUUCCUGUUUGGCUGUGUGCAUCAUGACCCAUGGAGAUGAACAAGAUCAACUAAUUUUACAUGAUCGCUCCUGCAUUCCCAUCACAGAUAUUCGAAAGUUAUGCUACUGUCAGGCUCUUCUAAACAAGCCUCGCCUCUACUUUAUUCAAGCCUGCAGAGGUGAACAAACUUUGCGACCAAUACUUUUACAACAAGAUGGUUGCACUGUGAGCCAUAUGGAGAGUGACUGUCUCAUCUCCACUGCAACUGUGAAAGGGUACUCGGCUGUGAGAAGUGAGACAGAAGGAUCAUGGUACAUCACUGAUUUAUGUCAUGCAUUGCAAGAAUAUGGUCACUUACUCCCUAUCAAGAACAUACUGCAGAAAACAAGGCAGAGUCUAAAAUCCCGAGUGGGUAGCAUGAACAACACUUACGUCACGCAACUCUCAGAGGACAAAGACACCCUGAUUAAAGAUGUGCAGUUGGUCAGAGCUGAGCUGGGAUAUUUUCUGGAUGGCAUCAUGGACCUGGUGCAACUUGAACUGAUGGAGAAACUACUACAGGAGAUGAUGGAGGAAGCCCUCGGUGAAUUAGAAAACAGUAGCGAACUUUUAACCUUGAGCAGCAACUUUGCUGGAAUGAGUGUCUCAUAAAAGUGAAAAAUAUUUUCGAAACUACUAAACCAUUGUACCUGAGUUUGAACCCAGGAUAAAUCAGGGUUGCUAGGUUCUUAUAUGAUAAUUUCAUCACUGGAAACUGUCAUAUUUUAAAGAUAAAUCAGGAUUUUUGGUGUUAUGUGAUCAGUUCAUCAUGCACCACCUUCAUAUGAAAUCUUGCAAACUAAGAUAACCUUUCUCAUUUAGGAUAUUUCUGCUACAUGAUACUGGGUUAACAGGGUGAGUAGGACAGCUCAUGUACUUAGGGUCUAGAGCAGGGAUCCUCAGCCCUCCUUUUGCAGGCCACAUGCGACCGGCUGAAUGACAUCCAAAUUCGAGUUUAGUGGCCGGUAAGAUUGUUAUACGUACAGUAAUUACGUCUAAUUUGGGUGAAAAAUAAAAAGUAGGGGUAAGUGGAAGAAGGAUAUAUUCGAGAAAAGAGCUUUCAUCAUUCUUUCAUAUCCAGGCACAAGCCACACAUUAGUUUUAAUUUUGUUCUAUGUAUUUUUAUUUGGAAUACAAACCCUUAUUUUGUAAUGCAAAAGCCAACUUUGUGCCACCUUAAUAUAACAUCUGAAAGACA